GGCAACAAUAUUUCGAAAAGGAGGGAACAAAAAGAGCUGAAUAUCGAAGUUCCCUCAGUGGCUUCCAAUAGCACCGUGCAUUCGCGUUGGACCCAUCCAUAUGGCUGGUCUCAAUGUGAUUUUCAUCCGGCUCGUGUUUAACUUUGAGCGACUUUGGACUCCAAAGUUUCGUGGUUGUUUGUGCUCGCGCUGAACGCCCUCGAUCUUCCUCCCUUCGAGCUCUUCGCGUCGCCCUAUUCUUCCUCGUUCUCUCCCUUUCUGUGCACUUUUUUGAGAGCCUCCGAGCCCGCCGACGCUCCCGACUCCGAGCCCGCCGCAUCGUCGAAUCCCCCCCGGGGAAGUUUACAAUCCUUCUCGGUGGACUCCCAUCCGUCUCCUGUGAUCACUUCCAUACACCGUUAGCAUGUUGCGCGACUAGCCUCCGCUACCGCCACCGCCGCCGCUGCUGCUUUUACUCCUGUCUAACUCCUUGGCGAGGCCAAGGGAAACGGUGGGCGCUAUACGUCGCUCUCGACUCCAAGAGAACUCGGGAGAGUGUGUUAUAGAGUACAUCGUCAUAGCUCUCUCGGCCACUGUGCCGAACGAUCAAAGAGAGCUGCUCUCCGGGCACAAGUACACAAGACUCUCGUCCAUUCACACGCGGUCUUAAACCGCGGCUCCGGGGACCCUGCCCGCGCGUUUCCUCGUCCACGAGGACUGUUUCUUCAAUCUCUUGUGCCACCGACUCCGCGAUCAAACGAUCGUCGCUUCUAUCGCUCAUCCAGUGCCUUUCUCGAAGUGCCCCUGCGCCGGCUGCGAGUGUCACCGAGGAUCGAGCAACGUUAUUUCGUUUUUGUUUAACUUUAUCAACCGGAGCGCGUUUUCACCAAAGUUUUUUCACGGAGAACCAGUAUGAGGUUCUUCGCCGCUUCGGGCGGCUCUCGUCCGCUUCUCGUCGCAGCUAUCGCUGCUCUCCUCGUCCUUGCUCAAUCGGCUGAUGGGACUCGCGUCUCCAACAGUGCCAAACGGAAGAAGGACGUGGCAUCCGACCAAUCAACAGCGUCUUCUUUCUGGAGUCCAUCUGUCAAAACCGGGAACGUGUUCGCCCAAGAUGACUCGACCCGAUUUUUCUCGUCCGCUCACGGUCUGGUGCAGACCCAUCCAAACAACGCUUUCCAGAGUGGCUUCGGUGGCAUCGACAAUCUGGGUAGCCGAGGCGUAACCCAAAGGCCACCGAGGACCAGGCCACUGGAUUACAGCGAACGUGCCACGGCGGAGCUUCGAAGGAACCCAUCGCUGUCGGCGCCCGACGAAUGUGCCCGGGCCUGCAGAGAGGGCGACCCACCCCGGAUAUGUUAUUACCACUUUACCCUUGAACACUACACAGUCCUUGGAGCUGCUUGCCAAGUCUGCACUCCGAAUGCAACCAACACUGUGUGGAGCCACUGCCAAUGUGUCCUCGCUGAUGGCGUUGAACGAGGAAUCCUCACUGCCAACAGAAUGAUACCCGGACCGAGUAUCCAAGUUUGCGAAGGGGAUAAAGUCGUCGUCGACGUUGAAAACCACAUGCAGGGCAUGGAAGCGACUCUUCACUGGCAUGGCAUCUGGCAAAAAGGAUCUCAGCACUACGACGGAGUUCCUUAUGUCACUCAGUGUCCCAUUCAGGAAGGCAACACCUUCAGGUACCAAUGGACGGCUGGAAACGCUGGCACCCACUUCUGGCACGCUCACACCGGUCUCCAGAAAAUGGACGGACUUUACGGUAGCAUAGUCGUUCGACAGCCUCCUAGCAAAGAUCCGAACAGCAAUCUCUACGAUUACGAUCUAACGACUCACGUUGUUUUGAUCAGUGAUUGGAUGCACGAAGAUGCUGCUGAAAGAUACCCCGGACGAUUGGCUGUCAACACUGGACAAGACCCCGAAACGGUUCUUAUCAACGGCAAAGGACAAUUCAGGGACCCGAACACAGGUUUCAUGACCAACACUCCUCUAGAAGUAUUCACCAUUACGCCCGGUCGUCGCUAUCGUUUCCGGUUGAUAAAUUCCUUCGGUUCCGUUUGCCCGGCUCAAAUUACUUUCCAAGGUCACCAGCUCACACUAAUCGCGACCGAUGGAGAACCAGUGCAUCCGGUGCAAGUCAACACCAUCAUAUCUUUCUCGGGAGAGCGUUACGAUUUCGUUAUAAACGCUGAUCAGGCCCCGGGAGCUUAUUGGAUCCAACUUCGUGGCCUCGGAGAAUGUGGAAUCAAGAGAGCCCAAAAUUUGGCCGUACUUCGUUACGCUCGAGGACCUUACCAGCCAGGCUCCGCAGCUCCAACUUAUGAUCUCGGUCUUCCUCAGGGCGUCGUCCUCAAUCCCUUGGAUGCCAUUUGUAAUCAACCGCGAGAGGAUGCCAUUUGCGUCAACCAAUUGAAAAACGCGCGUCACAUCGACGAGGGGAUUCUUCAGGAACGUCCCGACGUCAAAAUAUUCUUGCCAUUCCGUUUCCUCUUCUACAGACCCGAAGAAGUCUUCCAGCCCAACACUUACAAUCGUUUCCUGGUUGCGCCGACCGGUGACCACGUCAUUUCUUUGGUGGACGAAAUAUCUUUCACUUUCCCACCAGCUCCUCCGCUUUCCCAGAUCGAUGACAUUCCGCCCGAGCAGUUCUGCAACGGCGACAACAGGCCGGCCGAUUGUGGCGCUAAUUGCAUGUGCACUCACAAAGUCGAUAUCCCUCACAACGCAAUCGUCGAGGUUGUACUAGUCGACGAAGUACAACAACCAAAUCUUUCGCAUCCGUUCCACUUGCACGGGUACGCGUUCAACGUGAUCGGUAUGGGAAGAUCGCCGGACAAGAACGUGAAAAAAAUCAAUCUCAAACACGCCCUCGAUCUCGACAGGCGAGGAUUGUUGCACAGAGAGUUCAACCUUCCACCUUCCAAGGACACGAUUGCGGUGCCGAACAACGGUUACGUCGUAUUCCGGUUCCGUGCCGAUAAUCCUGGUUACUGGCUCUUCCAUUGUCAUUUCCUCUUCCACAUAGUAAUCGGUAUGAAUUUAAUAUUGCACGUUGGCACGCAUGCGGAUCUGCCACCAACGCCACCAAAUUUCCCAACGUGCGGAGAUCAUUUGCCACCGAUAACGCCGCCGCUACCGAUCGAGUCUGCGUUCCAUUGAUACCAUUUGUGAAUAGUCGAGUCAACGAUGCCCAUUUACCGGUGUCAGUACGAUGCAAAAUGAAUUAGCCAAACGAAAAAUUAUCAUUUUAGUCUCGUAUAUGCCAACGGUUAAAUAGCUGCGUACUCGCGAAAUGUAAAAGAACAAAAAACCUGCAAAUACGCAACUUAGCCUAACUUCGAUCCCACAUCUCUCGUGCCCUUCGAAAAACCGUCUGUCAUUUAACACGACGCACGUAGACGAACGGCACUCGAAGAGAGUGGCUUGCCACGAACGAAAGAAAAAAAAACAAACAAACAAAAAAAAACAAAAAAGAAGAAACCGAUGGUCAGACGAUCAUGAUAAUUAUUGGAAGAUACUCAAUUUAUUAUACCGUUCGUUUUAGCCACGAAAUAAAUAUUUAUUUAAUUAUUCCUGGACACUUAGAGAACUGCGUCCGAUCGGAAAUAAAAACGUGUUCAGCUUAAAAAUCACCCGAUCGGGACCGAAGGAAUUCCGCUACCGACGGAUACGCAUACGGAUGUCACUAACAUUAAUUCAUAUUAUUUUAUUGUAUUAUUAUUUUUAUUAUUAUUAUUAUUAUUAUUUUAUUGCGUCGAUAAUAAUUAUGUAAUUCUGUAAAUAAUGUAGAGGUUUAAUGUUAUUAUCGGUGCGUGACGAGCUUGUAUCUUUAUCGCGGGAAACUUUAACGAAUGAUGGAAAGCACGAAGAAUAAUAGGGAAAGAACGAGAGGGGUGAAAAAAAAUAUUCAUAAGUCGAAGUGAAGGUGGAAUGGAAGCCCAUUUAACUGGAAUUUCAUGACUGUGUCAUCGUUGAAUUACAAAAUAAGAUGCUCGCCGUUGAGAUGUAAAUUAAGCUAAAACAUCGUCAAUUCUCAUAAGCUCAAUCAAUUGAUAAAUUUCAUACUUAUUACUCGCGACAUUUUGCAUGCAUUUGAGAAUAUCCAUACUGUUAUAUAAGCCAUUGAUUUUUCGUAUUGAAUUAUUAUUAAACGAGGACUAUUCGUUGAAGACAUUAAAACGUAAUGAAAAAAAUAAAAAUAAAAAUAAAAAUGAAACGUGGUAUCUGCAUUUUCAAAGGUUUGAUCGGCUCCGUGGAAAAAAUAUUUUGAAAUAUUCAUUGAAAAGUUGGGAGUUUUUUUUUUGGUAUCGCGUAUCUACGGAAGGUGGUAGGAGAAAUGGUAAUCAAUGAGUAAAGAUUGACGCAGGUAUUUUAUAGAUUACUGUGUAAUAUCUUGCUGCUCUCGUCACUCGUUUCACAAACUAAUGUUCUUCAAUGUCGCAGGAGAAGCAUGUAUCUUUUGUAAUAAUAAACCCGUUUUAAAUA